UAUGCUGCGCAAUUCAGAUCCCAUUGUGAUCCACUAGCCUCUGCCCAGCAACUCCUAUCCCUACCUCCACGCGGUACCGGCCGGAAACUAUGAGUAACUUUAGGGAAGAUCGGGUAACCAACCCCGGUGGGAACUUUGGUCGUAGGCUGACAGGGAAGGGGGGGUUUGCUUCGGCAAACCUGAGCGUCUGUUCUCCAGGAGGAGCGGCUCACAACAGCGUCUAAUCCCCAUGUUAGGGGCGGCUGAUCUACGUCCGAGUGCCAGGGAAGGACUCUAAGCUCAACUGUGCACUAUGGUCCUCCGGAAAGUAGGGGGUUGGUGUCAGGCCCUACGAGCCAGCCGUAAAAAACCAUUGUAACGAAAAAUCAGCAACAGAAUAAUACGAACCGAGACCAACGGCAACGACCCCAGCGAACAAAAACGACUUGCGAUUGGAAACUCGGUACGUGGAACUGCCGAUCUCUCAAUUUUAAUUGGGAGCACCCGCAUACUCGCCGAUCUACUGAAGGACCGCGGGUUCGGCAUCGUAGCGCUGCAGGAGGUGUGUUGGACAGGAUCCAUGGUGCGAACGUUUAGAGGUAAUCAUACCAUCUACCAGAGCUGCGGCAACACACGCGAGCUGGGAACAGCUUUCAUCGUGAUGGGUGAUAUGCAGAGGCGCGUGAUCGGUUGGUGGCCAAUCGACGAAAGAAUGUGCAGGUUGAGGAUCAAGGGCCGAUUCUUCAACUUCAGCAUAAUAAACGUGCACAGCCCACACUCCGGAAGUACUGAUGAUGACAAGUACGCAUUUUACGCGCAGCUCGAACGCGAGUACGACCGCUACCCAAGCCACGACGUCAAGAUCAUCAUAGGAGAUUUGAACGCUCAGGUAGGCCAGAAGGAGGAAUUCAGACCGACGAUUGGUAAGUUCAGCGCCCACCAGCAAACGAACGAAAACGGCCUACGACUCAUUGAUUUCGUCGCCUCCAAAAAUAUGGCCAUACGUAGCACCUUUUUCCAACACAGCCUCCCUUAUCGUUACACCUGGAGAUCACCACAGCAGACGGAAUCUCAAUUCGACCACGUUCUGAUUGACGGACGGCACUUCUCCGACAUUAUCGACGUCAGGACCUAUCGUGGCGCCAACAUCAACUCCGACCACUAUCUGGUGAUGGUCAAACUGCGCCCAAAACUCUCCGUCAUCAACAAUGUACGGUACCGGCGACCGCCACGGUACAACCUAGAGCGACCGAAGCAACCGGAUGUCGCCUCAGCAUACGCGCAGAAUCUCGAAGCCGCGUUGCCAGACGAGGGCGAGCUCGAUGAGGCCCCUCUAGAGGACUGCUGGAGUACAAUGAAAGCAGCCAUCAACGACGCAGCAGAGAGCACCAUCGGGUACGUGGAACGGAAUCGACGGAACGAAUGGUUCGACGAAGAGUGCAGAACGGUUUUGGAGGAGAAGAACGCAGCGAGGGCGGUAAUGCUGCAGCAAGCGACUCGACAGAACGUGGAACGUUACAAACAGAAGCGGAAACAGCAGACCCGCCUCUUUCGGGAGAAAAAGCGCCGCCUGGAAGAAGCGGAGUGUGAAGAAAUGGAACUGCGGUGCCGUUCCCAAGAAACACGGAAGUUCUAUCAGAAGCUCAACGCAUCCCGCAACGGCUUCGUGCCGCGAGCCCAAAAAAUGCAGGGAUAAAGAUGGAGGCCUCUUGGCGGACGGACGUGAGGUGAUCGAAAGGUGGAAGCAGCACUUCGAUCAGCACCUGAACGGCGUGGAGAACGUAGGCACGGGAGCCCAUGGCAACGGAAGGAACGACGACGCCAGAGCAGCGGAGGACGGAAAUGAACCAACUCCCACGCUGAGGGAAGUUAAGGAUGCCAUUCACCAGCUCAAAACCAACAAAGCAGCUGGUAAGGAUGGUAUCGCAGCUGAACUCAUCAAGAUGGGCCCAGAAAAGUUGGCCACCUGUCUGCAUCGGCUAAUAGUCAGGAUCUGGGAAACCGAACAGCUACCGGAGGAGUGGAAGGAAGGGGUAAUCUGCCCCAUUCACAAGAAAAGCGACCAUUUGGAAUGUGAGAACUUCAGGGCGAUCACUAUUUUGAAUGCUGCCUACAAAGUGCUAUCCCAGAUCAUCUUCUGUCGUCUGUCACCUAAAACAAAUGAGUUCGUGGGAAGUUAUCAAGCCGGCUUCAUCGACGGCCGGUCGACAACGGACCAGAUCUUUACCGUACGGCAAAUCCUCCAGAAAUGCCGUGAAUACCAGGUCCCAACGCACCACCUGAUCAUCG